AUGCUGAAAAGUGUUCUGAAACUGCUUUUUCUGUUUUUGCUGAAGGGGCGUGAUGACCUGAGACAAGAUGCUGUUAUGCAGCAGGUUUUCCAGAUGUGCAAUACGUUGCUCCAGCAAAACACUGAAACGCGAAAGAGAAAAUUAACUAUCCGCAGAUACAAGGUGGUUCCCCUUUCUCAGAGAAGUGGUGUUCUGGAGUGGUGCUCGGGAACAACUCCCAUUGGGGAGUUUCUUGUGAACGUUGAAGAGGGAGCUCACAAGAGAUACAGGCCAAAAGAUUACUCCAGUUAUCAGUGCCAGAAAAUAAUGAUGGAUGCACAAAAGAAACAUUCUGAAGAGAAGUAUAGCAUCUUCAUGAAAGUCUGCGAGAAUUUUCAGCCUGUGUUUCGUUAUUUCUGCAUGGAAAAAUUCCUGGAUCCAGCUGUGUGGUUUGAAAAACGCUUGGCGUACACUCGCAGUGUGGCUACAUCUUCUAUAGUUGGCUACAUCCUUGGGCUUGGAGACAGACAUGUUCAGAAUAUCUUGAUAGACGAACAAACAGCAGAACUAGUGCAUAUAGAUCUGG